GCCGUUACAACAACAGGGAUCAGUAGUCUCUAAGAAGCUGUGCAAGUUAGACCAUGACAUUUUUGAAACGCAGGAAGACUGUUAAAGGCACUGAAGAACAUCCAAAACAACAGGAGGAUGAGCAGCCUGAAACAAAGCCAAAAACUGGUCCACUGGUAUUGAAGAAUAUAACUUUCCUGCUUGGUGGAUUUCUGGCAAUUUUCUUAGGACUUCUAACCUCAGUUUAUCUUGCAACUUUGCACGAGAAUGAUCUGUGGUUUUCUUCAAUCCAGGUGGUUGAACAGGAAAUCUCCUUCAGGACAGAGUGUGGCCUAUACUAUUCAUAUUACAAGCAGAUGCUGCAGGCCCCAACCAUAACCCAAGGAUUGAAGGAACUCUUGUAUGACAACAAAACUGAAUCAAGGAGAACAAUAAAUCUGCUGAAGCGGAUGAACAUUUACCAAGAGGUUGUCCUAAGCAUAUUGUACAAAAUGUUAUUUAUUGAGAGAUAUUUGGAACCAGUCUACUUCUACCUGUACACCGUAUUUGGACUCCAGGCCCUCUAUGUAACUUCAAUGUAUAUUACCAGCUGGUUACUAAGUGGAACCUGGAUGUCAGGAGCACUGGCAGCUAUAUGGUACAUUCUAAACAGAGUGGAUACAACAAGGGUGGAAUUCACCAUUCCACUGAGGGAAAAUUGGUCACUUCCAUUUUUUGCAUUACAAAUAAUGGCACUCACAUAUUACCUUAAACCACAACUCAAACCUACUCAACAGUGGUGGUCAUUCACAUUGAUUAUAAUAUCAACAUUCCUUUUCUGCAUUACCUGGCAGUUUAACCAAUUUAUUUUGCUAAUACAAGCCCUGGCUCUCUUUUCCAUGGACUGUUUAGAUAUGGUGCCUGCAUCAAAGGUUACAUCACUAUACCUUGUGCAUAUAGCUUCUUUGCUUCUUGUCUGGAUCCUGCAGUUUAACAACUCCAUGCUCCUGGGGUCAUUGGUUCUAAGUUUCAUUCUGGCUGCUUUAGUAGUGCGGCAUCUGCAGAGGAAUUUAAAGUCUGGCAGUUUUUUUGCAAGAAUUUUGAAACUAUUGCUACAUUUAAUUGUAGUAUUCAGCUUAGCAAUCCUAACAAAUAAUGCAACUAAGAAAAUUCUAGGGCUUGAAUCUGAUGAACAUAUUUUUAAAUUCCUUAAAGCAAAGUUUGGAUUUGGGGCAACAAGGGAUUUUGAUGCUAAGUUAUACCUGUGUGAAGAUGCUUUUGGCCUUCUGCCUUCUGAUACUUUCCAAAGACUUUUGAACACACUGAUUUUGCCUUCAUAUAUUUUAAUUCUGGUUAUCACAGUGGUCAUUGCUAUAAUUGUUGCCGUUCGGAAUCUCAGCUGUAGUUCAGCUGUAAUCCAGAGCACAUCCAUUAAAGAACAGAACAUGACUAUGUUGAGGCCCGACAUGGCUUACAAUCUACUGCACAAUGUGCUAUUUGGUCUGCUGGCUUUAAGUACAAUGAGGAUGAAAUAUCUGUGGACAUCUCAUAUGUGUGUCUUUGCAUCAGCAGCAAUUUGUAGCAGCCAUUUAUGGAGUCUGAGUCUCAAAGCAAUUCGACUACAUUCUCCUCAGUGGGUCCGUGUGAUGAGGUUUGCAGUUCCUAUAUUAAUCUUCAUUUACCUUUAUCAUGAAGUAAGUCUCACUCCACUAUAUAUUAUACCUGAGAAAGUGAAAACAUUUAGUUCAUCCAUGUUAAGUUUCUGA